CCUGUAAACAACAACAGUUUGGAUGGUAGGGGAGAGUAGAGGAUAGCAGUUUGUUCCAAAAUCAUAGGCGGCCUAAGCCAGAGACAAUUUAAUUAGUCGUGUGAAAGAAUUAAAACUUUGUCCGACAUGAGGCCAGCGCUGAGGAGAAAGGCUGUUCUCUCCGCCUUUAGUGUUAUCUUUUUUCGAUUUUCAAGCGCUACUUUUUCGCUAUCAACAAUACCAGCGAUUGCUAAAUACUUUGGAACAAAGGGUAGAUACGAGGAGGUUAAUCCAUAUUUAAUUGAUGAUAUUUUAUCCGUUAACAAGUCGCUGUCAAAGCCACCAUCUUCAGAUUGUCGUGCUAUUCACCUUACUGCUGUCAUUCGCCAUGGUACACGAUUUCCUACCUCUAAAAAUGUCAGAAAAAUUAAAAAUCUCCAUAGUCUCGUCAUAAAUGAAGCCAAGGAUACACACACGUGGUUAAGAGACAUCAAGACCAACUGGGAAAUGUGGUACACCGAGGACAUGGACGGAAAACUUGUGGAGAAGGGCAGAGAUGAUCACAGGCAUUUGGCUGUAAGAUUGGCCACAUCUUUUCCAACCUUGAUCUCUAAGGACAACUUUAAAAACAAUCGUAUUAAGUUCAUAACUAGCUCAAAACACAGAUGUGUCGACAGUGUGGAGGCUUUCCAAGAGGGCUUGCACAGACUCUGGAGUAUCAAAGACACAAGCUACAGUCAUGAGUACAAUGACAAUCUCAUGAGAUUCUUUGAUCAGUGCAAGAAAUUCAUUGAAAACGUGGAGAACAACAAAACGGCUCUUCAGGAGGUCGACCUCUUUAGUUCUUCUGAUGAGAUGAAAAAGGUUCAGAGGAGGAUUGCCGAUCGCUUGCAGAUCCCCCACAACCACAUAACCACAGAUAUGGUGGAGGCUGCUUUCUUCCUGUGUUCCUACGAGUUCUCUAUUAAGUCUUUGAAUUCCCCAUGGUGCAACCUGUUUGAUGAGGCUGACGCACAAGUGCUGGAGUAUAAAAGUGACCUGAAGCAGUACUGGAAGAGGGGAUAUGGACAUGACAUCAACCGCAAAUCCAGUUGCACUCUCUUUCAUGACCUAUUCCGACGACUUGACCAGGCUGCUUAUGACUUCAAGUUCGGCCACGUGACCGAGGCCGUGACGGUGCAGGUGGGCCACGCCGAGACCCUCCUCCCGCUCCUCUCCCUCAUGGGUUUCUUCCGUGACGAGACGCAGCUGACUGCCAGCAACUUCCGCCAGCAGCAGGGGCGCACCUUCCGCACCAGCCAGAUUGUGCCGUACGCCGCCAACAUGGUCUUUGUUCUCUACGAGUGCGGCGAAGGUCUCCGGCUGCAGUUCCUGCUGAACGAGAAGCCGAUGACUUUCCCCAGCAUCGACCAAUCAGCGCCGCUUUACCGGGAGGUCAGGGAUCACUACAGUGACCUGCUCAACGGCUGUAAUUUUGAGAAGGAAUGUGAGCUGCGCAAGAUGAACAGAAAGAACACAGAGUUGUAAUUUGGACAAGGAGGUGAAUAGUGAAGGGUGACAAAAAUGCAAAUGACAUUUUUUCACUUUUACAAGCGGUUUACUGUACAAAAAUGAAGCACUAGGUUUUGGAUGGGGUAGUCACACCAAAAAUAUGUUCCUUUGCACUUUUUCAGAGCUUUCACGAUGUUGCAGGAUUAUAUUUUAUCUUGUUGAUUCUUUGUUUUUGAUUUCACCACAUUUUCAACGUGUUAUUAUUACAUGGCUUUUAAUGUAUUUGUGUUUUUUCCUUUCCACAUAUUUUCUUGCCUUAUUUAUCUUAAAUUUAUUGUGUGGUUUGAAUCUAUGGUGUGGUGUGUGACGAGAUUUGAGUCAUCGACGUGGCGUGUGGGGUUGUCGCAUGUUUCCCAACAAUUGGGACGACGCGUCUAUGACGCCUGUUUUUGACGUACGUAAAUGUGCACGGAGGGUUAUGCCACCUGCGUUAGGCACCAUGAAGGUUUCAAAGUGCUUAAACAUUAAGUGGAGAACACCGGGUUAUAUUUCAAGAUCCAUUGCUUAUUUUUCCUGAAACUGUUUUAAGGAUCCUCACUUUUAUGCUCGAUGUUUUCUCUUUAUGUGUUGUCUUUAUCAAAAAAAGUUUUCCUCCCUAUUAGAAAAUAACUUCAGAAACAGGUCAAUCAGGUCUUAAUUACAUUCAUGCCUCUGUGUAUUCAGGUUCUGUUUGCAUUUGGCCCUUGGUGCUAACAUGGUGAUGACUUGAACGCUCCAAAGUUUUUUUUUGUACUUUUCAGUUUUAGUCUUCUGACAAGAUGUUUCCACUGAUAAUGGGACCUUUUGAUUUCUUUAUUAUUUGUAUGUCUGUCAUGCACUGUCACAACUUUGAAUUUCAAACUUAGAAAGUCUUACCAAGACUUGGAUGUGUUAAAAGUAUGGCACUCAAAGAACCACUUGGGUUGUAACUGACAGUGAACGGUUUUUCGUUU